AUGGAUCCGUUCAGCGCCCUGGGAAUCGCAGCCGCGACCAUACAAUUCGUCGACUUCUCUGCGGCUCUCUUAUCCACAAAUGGCAGGAUCCGCAGCUCCAAGACUGGAGAACUGCAGCUGGAGUCGGAAAGCCGAACGAUUGCCGAGGACUUGGAAAGCCACCAUGGGGAGAUGAUGGACUCCCGCAACGGGAGCGGACAGGGCCAGGCUGUCUCCCAAACAGAAAAGCAGAUCCAGAUCGUGUGCGUUGAAUGCGAUGCCGUGGCCCAAGAUCUCCUCCAGGCUGUGCACAAGUUGAAGACGCGGCGUUGGGGUAAAAAGGAGAAGUUUGGAACUUUCAAGCAAGCGCUGCAAACCAUCUGGAGCCCGGAGAAGAUUGAAGAGUUGGAGCAGCACUUUGGGAAAUGGCGGUCUCAGCUCGUUUUUCUUGUUGUUACGGCAUUAAGGGAGCAACAAACCCGGCUCGGUAGUCAAGUCCCGCUUGUCCAAAGCACAGCAGCGCAAAAUCACAGAAACGGCCAAAGGUUCCUAACUUUUCUGCAAAAGAACAAGCAAUACUACUCGGAAAUACACGCAGCUAUCCUAGAGAACCCCAGUCCCGCUGAAGGGGUCCAUGCGCUCUCCUCGGGCAAUGAAUUCGAGACGGACAUCCUAUCGGCUCUCUUCUUCGACAGGGCGCAGAGCCGAGAAGACAGGAUCCCAGACGCUUGCGAGGAGACGUGCGAAUGGAUAUUCCAGCAACCGCAACCCGAGCAAACACGGUGGACCGGCUUCUACGACUGGCUGCGUGGAGACUCGGACCAACGCAUCUACUGGAUCACUGGCAAAGCGGGCGCUGGCAAAUCGACGCUCAUGAAGUUCAUCUGCAAUCAUCAAAUGACUCAAGAGUUGUGCCACGAGUGGGCCGGCAACGAGAGGCUGCUGCACGCGCAAUUCUUUUGCAGCGAUUCAGAAGAGUCGAUGCAGAUGUCGCGGGAAGGCCUCCUGCGGACACUGCUAUACCAGACUUUGAGCCAAUAUCAACAUCUCGCGGCAACCGCCUUCCCGGACCGGUGGGAAAUGUUCCGGCUGCUCGGGGCACAGUCGGAUGCCCCGAUGACGGAACUGUACCUGCAGCAAGGACUGGAACGGAUGAUCAAGUCCAACCCCGACACAAUGUUCGCCUUCUUCGUCGACGGCCUUGAUGAGUUUGGCGAGAAUCCAGACACUUUGGCGGCUUUCUUCCAGAACCUGGCCCUGAACUCGAACAUCAAGAUCUGUCUGAGCUGCCGGCCGUGGAGCAAUUUCAAGAAAUCCUAUGGAUUCAGGCCGAGCCUGUGUCUAGAAGAGCGAAACUACCCAGACAUCGUUCAGUUUGCGCACUCAAGCCUGGAGAAAAGCACAGACUUCGUCCACCUUUGCAAGCAGUCUCCAAAACAGGCGCAAGAACUGGUCGCAGCAGUUGCGGACAAAGCGUCAGGCGUCUUCGUCUGGGUCGAGGCCGUACUCGGCAUACUCCUCGAAGGCCUCCAAGAUGGAGAAAGGCCGUCGGAUCUCCGGCGACGGCUGGCCAGCGUGCCCAGCGACCUGGAACCGCUGUUCCAAAAGAUGCUGGACAGCAUCGAGCCAGAGCGCGCCGAACACGCCUCGCAGCUGCUACAGAUGGUCCGAGCCGCCCGCGCGCCGGUCAGUCUUCUCUGCCUGUCCUUCGCCGGCGAAGAGGACCCCCACCUCGCCUACGAGCACCCGGUCGAGCCCUUGACCGAAGAGCAGGAAGCCGCCCGAUCGGACCAGAUGCGGCGCCGCCUGCACAGCCACUGCAAAGGCCUCCUCAAAACGACCUCCUCCUCAACACCCGCCACCGCCGCCGCCCCCGCCACCGUCGACCACCUCCACCGCACCGUCCGCGACUACCUCCACCGCGGCUCCGUGUGGCACCACAUCCUCACCUCCUCCCCGCCCUUCACCCCGCACCUCGCCCUCGCCCACGCCUCGCUCCUCUGCCUCAAGACCGCCCGCCUGCCCGGCCCCUCCCACUGGCACGACCACUCCUCGUCCCCAUCCACCACCACCACCACACUCCCACCCCCAACCUUCUCCACCCUCCUCCUCACCACCCUCCACCACACCGCCGCCUCCCCCGCCCCCCACCACCAACCCCUCCUCGACCUCCUCGCCGCCACGACCGCCCGCCUCAUCGCCACCCACGGGCCGUGCCCUACCUCGUUUUGUUGGUGCCGCGGCCCGGCCGACUACCCCGCUGAUGCCAACGACGCGCCCUUCGUCGCGCUCGCCACGCAGCUGCAGCUGGUGCCGUGGGUCGCCGCGCGGCUGGAGCGGGCGUGGGUGUUGCCGGCGGGGAAGAGGCCGGAAGGUGGCAGUGGUAGCAGUACCGGUGGUGCGGAAGCGCAGGCGCCGCUGUUGCAUUUCGCUGUCGUUUCGGCGUCGGCGGCGGGGGCGGCGGCGUGGGGGGAGGGCGGAGAGGUGGAAAGGGAAGGGGAAGGGGAGGAUGGGGGCGAUGCGGAGCGCAGGGCGCGGUUGGUGGGGAUGUUAUUGGAGUGGGGGGCGGAUCCGAAUUAUGCGGGGAGUGGGCCGAGUGGGAGCGGGAGCGGGAUGGUGUCGCCGUGGGAGGAGGUGGUGGGUGGGGGUGGGGUCGAGGAGUUUGGGGAGGAGGUGUGGGAGGGGUUUUUGAGGUAUGGGGCGGAUAGGGGGGUGGUGGCGGCGGCGAAGGGGGAGUGGGAGGCAGGUGGUGGGGGUGGGGGUGGUGUCGCUGGGAGGAGGAAGCGGAGGAGGUGGUAUAGGAGGGUUUGUAGGAGGGAGGAUGGGACGGUUAGGUGGAAGAGGAGGGGUGAGAAGGUGGGUUGA